AAUCAUGAUAAUAGCUCCAUGUUCAAACACCGGCUGCAUUAAACCAUGUUAUAUUCGAGCAUCAAAAUUAUGUAGUACACGUCUGCGGCUUUGCAGCACAUUCGGCGUCAAAGACUAUCAUCUGUUCGGGUGACCCGUUCAUCGAAAUUGGCGUUUUAGUGACUUUCAAAUUCGCUUCAAUUGACAUGGAUGGUACAUUGAAUAUAUUGAUGCAUUUAUUCACGUAUGGAGUAUGGUGUACAUUGUUAGGGCGGAGGGCAUUCGGUGCAAUGAGUGAGAUAAACCUACUGAGUGGUUCAUCGAGCUUCGAAGGCGUUGUUCAGUACCGGUAUGAUGGUAUGACUGGUUUAAUCUGUGAUCAGGACUGGGGUGAUCUUGACGCGGAGGUGGUAUGUCGACAGCUUGGCUACCAGCAAGGACUGAGCCUAAAACCGGUAUCACUGGGACCAAUCUCUGGUUACAUGUGGAAUAGAGAUUUCGAUUGUGACGGAACAGAAGAUUGCCUUGAGAACUGUACCUUCACAGAUGGGGGCACAUCGAUCUAUCCGCCUUGUCCUCCAGAUGAAAUCGCACAAGUCUCUUGUGGACCUCCUCAUGACUUCGACAUCCGAAUGGCUGGGAGUAACUUCACAGAGCAGGGUCGGUUAGAGGUGCACCUGGAUGGUGAGUGGGGCUCUGUUGCCGAUAGAGGAUCGUUCGACGAGGAGACCCUUGGGGUCGUUUGCAGGGUACUGGGAUACCAGGACGGGUCGUCGUUCCGUACCAAUCCCGCGGGAUUCGGGAGAGGAGACGGACCGAUUCUGAUCGACGACCUGCAAUGUGAUAUGUAUACAGGGGGCUUCAUUUUCUCUUCUUUAACAACUAAUAUAUCUCAGUGCAAUGUGAUGCUUACAAAUGAUACUAGUAAUACAACUGCGCAGAUGCAUCAAAACGACAUUGGAGUCGUUUGCUAUCCAUAUGAAUCGGUUGCAAAUCAUCCUGUAAGAUUGAUCGAUGAAGAAGGUGAAAUCAACCCCGAUUAUGGACGAGUUGAGAUCUACCACGAUGGAGAAUGGCGCUCCGUAUGCUUGGAAGAUUACCAGAGGUUUUACUAUCAAAUAUGUUUGGAACUGGACCCGGGAUGGGAUUUCAUCGGGGACACAAUAGAUCUGACGUCGUACAACUUAUCGACAUCCUCUACACAGGCUUGGUUCGAGCUCCACUCAUGUAGUGGAGUUGAACGACUUUAUAAAUGCGACCACAGUGGAUGGGGUCAACUCGGACAAUGUCCUGUUCAAAACGUUGCCGGACUGAGUUGUAUUCGGAUAUUAACCACUAUAGUACCACCAACUUACCAACCACCUCCUGGACCUGAGGCAUGGAUAUUCGUAGUCGUUAGCUUCGCAAUUAUUACAAUCCUUUUCUUCGUAGUCCUUUGCAUCUGGCGCUUAUAUAAAGGAAUACAAGCCCAGAUGAAUUCUACUUCUGUGAGGUCACAACCGACAGUCAACAUGGUCGAAGUCGGGACAGUAUAUCCUUCAGCGUCGAACCCUGAUUCCACUGUUGCGGAUCCAGCCCCUAACUACAACAACGACCUGCCCCCAUCGUAUGAAUCAGUUGUUUCUGGAUCGCAUGCACAGGUAAUGAGCAAGGACACAGAAACAGGGGAUCUAGGUGGUGACAAUGGUCAGGAUUGAUGUUGGUGAUAGUGGGCGUAAGACUGGAAUUGCGGUACCCUUUCCAUAGACUCUUCUAGAGGAAGGGACACUCUAUGUCUUUCAUACUUGGAAUCACCAA